AUGGAGCCCUGCAAGGACCUUCAACAGGGUGCAUAUACCUCGAAUACUGAGAUUCCGCGCAAUCCACAUGUCCUGUCGUCUAAAACUAAGACGGAUGAGCCUAGCAGCCAGCUUGCCAGAUUGGGCCGUCACCCCAACGCACCCCUAGAGAACCUUCCCCCUGAGCUCCGCGGAAUCAUACUGUCUAUGAUGAAUUUGAAGGAUUUGAAAUCUUUGGUUCACGCAUCUCCAGCAUACCAUCGACACUAUCGAGAUGACACCAACCAUGUACUUUGGGGAUCUAUUAGAGUAACUUUCGGCCCUAGCUACCUUCUCCCUGACGUUCUCGCUACUCACGAGUCUGGGUCCAAGGCUUUUUGGGAGACACGAUGCAAGGACACUGUGGAUGAUUUUCUUCGACAGUACCAAAACAAGCGACUUGCCUCUUAUGUAUCUUCUUCCAGUGAAGGGUCUACUCUCCAAAGAGAAUUCCCACUAGAUGAAACUCUCCGCCUGGUGAGGUUUUAUUUCUCGGUGGCCAACAAUCUCACACCACUGUUCACCCGGUGGGCAUUAAGCAACCUCACAGCAGAGGCCCCCAUUAUCCAAGAUAUGGAUAUUCCUCACCAACCCUUGACUGAGACCGAAGAGAUACGUAUCCUGCGUGCAUUCUACCGCUUCCAACUUCUUUGCAACGUAUUUGCCCAUGGUUAUGACACCCAUUUCAUCAUCAACAUACCUGCCUAUCGGCCCCUAGAGGUUCAGAGAUGGCUUGAUGAACUCUUCACACCAUGGGAGGUUGAAGAGAUUGCAUGUGUUCAUGAGUUUGUCCUUGUGUCAUAUUUGGAGAGCAUCCAAACCAACUGGACAUCCUAUGAAUCACUGGCACAGCAAGGGUUCAUCGUACGAGAUGAAGAGGAGCUGGGAGAGAGCUCUGGCGCCAACAGAGCCAACACCUACCUGUUUGGGACCGUCUCUUGUGGCCUUAAGCCUCUGCAUGAUGGCUUAUUCAAAGAGCCAAAGAGAGUCCCUCUCGUCUUGCAGAUUGCCGAAGAGCAAUCCAACUCAAUGCGGGGAGCCCGGUUUCUUGGAGAUUUCUUCUCCUGGCUCAUGAACCUCCGUCGCCUCCCUCUUCCGUCUGCACAGAAUGCCCCAGCAGGGGCGCAGGCGGGUCACCCGUUCCAGGGUGACGCUGUGAUUGAUCCAGAGGGGGUGUAUCCACCAAUUGGGUGGACAUUGAACUGGAGGCGGUACCACUGUGAGGUGUUGGCGUGGGGGUAUGUCAUGUGGGACGAAACCCGCAUGGCCGAGAAGGGCCUGCCCCAGGUCCUGGAUCCCUAG